GCAGACAGAUUUCCUCAAUCUUGAUGUCUGGGUUAAGAAAACCGACGCAGGACGUGCAAACCAUCUGGAAAUCAUGAAGAGGAGUUUGGUUCUUUCUGUUGUCCUCGUUCUGGAAGGGGUCUUUCAGACUGAAACCACGUCAGUAACAGGAACUGUGGGGGGAUCAGUCACAAUAACAUGCUCUCAUUCUUAUGCCACCACCAAUGUCAAAUAUUUCUGCAAAGGAACGUGCGUUGACGCAGACGUCCUGAUAAAAAGCAGCACGCAGCGAGAGGGGAAGUACUCUAUAAAAGAUAAUGGGAACACAUUCUAUGUAACAAUAUCAAACCUGGAAAUGAGCGAUGGAGGAGUUUACUGGUGUGGCAUUGAGAGAGUUGGAGUGGACACGUACGGCAAGGUGACCCUCACUGUAGCAGAAGAGAGUCCAGGAAGCAACCUGAAGAUGAUGGAUUCUAGUCAGAUGGUGUAUCUUGGAACAGGUCUUGGUGUGGCGGUGCUGGCUCUGGCGACCGUCCUGCUGUUAUUCUUCAGACUCAGAAAAAGAGACGUCAGCACGUCGAAAGGAAAAAAUGAUGAUGUUACGUAUUCGAAGCCCUCAAUCCAGAAGAAAUCCCAACAUGCCAACGCCGCGUCAUCAGUCACUGGGGAGCCAGAUUUCAGGAUCAACGCGGGUCAGCCGGAGGUUCUGUACUCCAACAGCCGUUCAGAGCCUGAGAUCCAGUCAGAUGACCUCUGUUAUUCCACCGUCAUCUUCAGCAAACACCCAGCCUGCAGCGCUGCCUCUCCUCAAACCGAACUGACCACAUACUCAUCUGUCAAAUCCAAACCUGGCGGCUGAACAGCUUCAAAGUUCAGACAAAUAUCGUUUUUUCACAUCUUUGACUGAGAAAAUUAUAUCUAGUGAUUACAUAAGAUGUUUUUUAAGUUUAUUCAUGUGUCCUAUAAAUCAGAAUAUGUAUUUCACUCAG